CGAGUUUGACAGCGCAGCUUUGAAACGGAGUCGAGAACGCGCGCUUGUUCCUGUGGUUCGUCGUGGAUUCUUUUUUUUUUCUUUUAAUUUUUUCUUUCUUUUUUUUUUUAGAGUUUUAAGGGUGAUAUGUGGGGAAAUGGACUAGCUAUGAGGACCAGUCUCUAACAGAGGGGGUUUUAUUUGGUCGACGUUUCAUUACUUGGGAGUAUCGACCGGUUCCAAAGUUUUGUGUUUUUGUUUCACGCGCUCCGGGGCGGAAGACCUGCAACAUGUCGCGAGACCCAGACGAGGUGAAUAAACUGACUGAAAGCACCUAUAAGAAUGUUAUGGAACAGUUUAACCCGGGGCUGAAGAACCUUAUCAACCUUGGAAAGAGCUACGAGAAAGCCGUCAUGGCCAUGACCCUGGCUGGAAAGAUGUACUUUGAAGCCGUGGGUAAGAUCGGGGAGAAUGCUGCUGUAUCUCCAGUGUCACGAGAAUUGGGGGUGGUGUUGACUGAGAUCUCUGAAGCCCACAGGAAGGUCCUACUUGAGCUGGAAGAAAAUUUCAGACGCUUCCAUCGAGAGAUUAUUGCUGAGCUGGACAAGAAGACAGACAUGGACGUGAAAUACAUGACAGCCACGUUUAAGAAGUAUCAGAUGGAGCACAAGAUAAAGCAGGACUGUCUGGAGAGGUCUCAGGCUGACCUGAAAAAGCUAAGGAGAAAGAGCCAAGGAAAGAAUGCGCUGAAGUACGAGAGCAAAGAGAACGAGUGUUUGGAGACCCUCACGCACCGCCAGAUGGACAUGCAGAAGUUUAUUGCAGAUGGCUGUAAGGAGGCUUUGCUCGAGGAGAAGAGAAGGUUCUGCUUCCUGGUGGACAAACAUUGUACUUUCUCCUACCAGCUAGCAGCUUUUCAUGAAAAGGCAAAGGAUAUACUAACAGACCAGAUUCCUAACUGGCAAGACAAAUGUACUGAUAUUACCAAUGUUCCAGACAGUGUGUUGUCAAUGAUAGAAGGUCUGCGCACCCCUGUGUCCAUAACCCCUCAGGCCUCUCCAGCCAUAAAGCGCCACAGCAGGACCAAUUCUGAAGCAAUGAUUCCACCUCCUGCACCACCACUAAAGGCUCAGACAAGUCCACUAGUGACCAUGUUCAACCAAGACACAGCAAAGCAAGAGACCGUGACUGAUACUAGUAAUGACAGCAGUCAAAUGGUCAGGUCCAUUUCUAUGGCUACCGGGCUGAACAAUAUGAGCCAGAGGCCACGCGUCAGGACUAUCUUCCCCCACAAAUCUGGCAGUAACAACACCCUGCUGAGCUUCGAUGAGGGUGACUUCAUCAUCCUGCUUAUCCCUGAUGAGAGAGACGGCUGGCUUUAUGGAGAAUUGGAGAAGACCAAACAGAGGGGCUGGUUUCCAUCCUCCUACUGCCGUCCAUACGUAGAACCUGCGGUAAACAACAGUGUUGUUGGGAAUCCUCCGGCACGCAGUAAGAGUGUGGUCAACCUCACGCAGCAGGACCCCGAGGAUGAUGUACUACUGCCUCCUCCUGACUACAGCGACACUCCAAUCAGGAGAAACUCAACCAAGUCCCUGAUUCAGACAUAUGUGCCUUCCUCUGAAAACACAGCUUCUCAGCCAAACGGAAUUUCAAAGCCGCCUUUUCUCGGGGGCGGGAACCCUUUUGCUACCGUGAAGCUGAGGCCCACAGUCACCAACGACAGAUCCGCUCCAAGGAUCUGAUCAUCGCGACUAAGCCUUCUAACCUUCAGCAGCCCUUUUUUGUUUUCCAUCAACACCAUUCAACACUGCUGCAUGAAUGCAGAUUUUUCUUCUGCAAAGUACUACUUUAUACAUGAGCUUUAGGCCAUGUUGGAUUUGGACUAGAUACCACGGUGGCCUCAUUGCACACAGGCAAAACUACACAUUUAUCUAUGUACAUUAUAAAAGCCAAUAUUCACAUAAAAAAAAAAAAAAUCAUUCCAACGUUUGUGCUGGCUUUUAUAAGGGUUUAUCCUGGACGAUGAGCGAGACCAGCGCUAGCUAAAUCUGUAGAGUAAAUAUGCUUCUAAUAUAUUUUGUCCUGAAUUUUUACCCGAGGCGUUGAUGACUGCUUUUCUAGUUGCAAGAAUAACAUGCCUCCCCUGUGCUGAGGAAGACCUAGGUUUAUAAUAAUUGUUGAGAAUUUUACAUUGCCAUGGGACAGGUGAUGAAUGUAAAUGGGACCAAGGCACUGAAUUUUUCAGGUUAUAUAUGUAAUUGUGCAGGAUUGUUUCAUUUGUAUCGGCCUAUUUAAAAUUUCGAACAUCUCGGUACACUAGGAUUAAACUUAUGCAUUCAUUCCAAAUGCUUGAUAGUGUGUUUAGAUUGCAAAGCUUUGCUACAGACCCAUUUCCCAAAUACUAUUUAAUACUCCUUUUUCUUUUUCUCAGAAAGGACACGUUUACCUCUUUAAUUCUAUGUUCUUGUCACUGCAAAUGAUUUCUCCAGUUCACAAGCUAACUCCAGUCUUCGAGUCAUGUUGCUGAAACAGACCUUAUGAUUACACAGACAAUUACAACUGUACUUAAAUUUGAAGCUGUAGAGAAGCCAUUCAUUCGUUUUGUCAACUCCAGUUUUAUCUUUUCCAAUGCCCUGUCAAUCACUGCUGUAUAAAAUAAAAUGGUUUAUUUCUUUUA